AUGUCAAAAUACGGAUUCAUAAAAAUUUCAAGAGAUGUUCAACAAGCAAUUCCAAAUCCCAAAAAACCUUCUAUUCAACUUAACACCGAAUUGCCACUUGAUUCGCCAUUAACUAAGUUUGUUUAUGAUUAUUCUAAAAAGAGGUUACCAAACGAGACGUUCAAUCAUUCACUUAGGGUAUAUUUCUACAGCGUGGCUAUAAUUAAGGACCAAUUUGCAGAUUGGACUCUCGAUCCAGAAAUUGUUUUUGUCACCAGUUUGUUACAUGACAUUGGUACGUCUCAUGAAAAUAUGCAUGCCACCAAGAUGUCGUUUGAGACAUGGGGUGGGAUAUUAUCACGAGACUUGGUUUUGGAACAGACCAAGGGUAAUAAAGAUUAUGCUGAUGCUGUGUGUGAGGCUAUUGUUAGACAUCAAGAUUUAGGCGAAUCUGGCUACAUUACCACUUUGGGAUUGAUUUUACAGAUCAGUACUAUUUUGGAUAAUGUGGGGUUGAAUUCGCAUUUGAUCCAUGAGGAUACUUUAGAUGCAGUCAAUAAGAAAUAUUCAAGAAAAGGAUGGUUGAAUUGCUUUGCUGGUGCUAUCGACAAGGAAAAUGAAUUGAAACCCUGGGGCCAUACAAGUGCACUAGGGGUUGAUAAAUUCAAAGAUGAUGUUUUAGCAAAUAAAUUAAGGUAUGAAAAAUUAUAA